GUGAGUAUUGCUUUUUCCUUCCUGUUUAAGUAGAAAUCGCUAAGGAAGUGCACGUAUAUAGUUCUCUCUGAGCUAAUGGAAUUCUCUGAUAAUGUUUUCAAAUCAUCCAAAGCAUGUAAUUACGAAGAUUAUAGGUCUGCAAGAGACAGAUGCACGGAUCUAAGCAGGUUAAUGCAACCCUCUGCUUAUUCCCUUAAAGGCCAACCUACAUCUCCAUAUGAAGAAAGAAAGAAAGUCUUUGUUGUACAGAAGUGAUGACAGAUGCCACCAUGUCCAUAAAUUCCAGAGAUCUAGGAAUUAGAAGAACUAGGGGAUCCAGCCCAUCGCCGUGAUGGAAGGAAAAUUUGGGUAACUUAGAGCUAUUCCAUGUUUACAUCAUACAGUCUGCAGUCAUCUGUCAACCAUUUAAUCAUGUCAGUAUAAGGACUGUUUAGACCAUGAAGAACUAUCCACAUUUAUUAUGUUAAAAUAUACAUGGGUGUAAAUGUGUAGCACCCAGACGACAAAAUCUAGGAAUGUUGGUGCAAAGAAAUAAAACAAAAAGGCCUUUCUCUUCUCAGUGAAAGAACUGCCCUCAUCAUUAAUUUGGCCAUUUUCCAAAAUUAUGGUAACAGAAUGUGGCCCAUUCAUUUGUUAUGACAAGCUGAAGGUUAGAAAGACACUGACAUUUAAUAGUACAUCAAUGUUCAGAAAUCUACCAGUCACCAAAGUAAAAACAGAGUCCUGAAAAUAAAAAAAUUGCUUGAUUCAAGUACCACUCACAAUGAAAAUAGCAUUAAGAAAAAUUAUGCUGUUUGACAAAAGGACCUGUUUAUGGCAUUUUGACAAAAGGAUCUGUUUUUGGCAUUUAGCAUUUUUCUUUCUUGGAAUGCUCACCUUUCAUUUAUAUGUCAAUAAGUUCAGAGAUUAUUGGUUAAUUCAGAGAGUAACCAGUUCACUAGUUGAUCAUUUACAAAACAGUGAUGGUUUGCACAAAGGACUUUGGACCAUUCGUCCUGAUGGAAGACUGGGCAAUCAGAUGGGUGAAUAUGCAACUUUGUAUGCUCUUUCAUUGCUAAAUGGUUAUAAGGCUGUUAUUCUUCCAGAGAUGCAUAACAACUUGGCACCAAUUUUUAAAGUGACAUUGCCUGUGAUUGAUCAGAGCACAGCAGAUGCAGUCCCCUGGCAAGAGUAUCACCUUCAGGAUUGGAUGUCUGAUGAAUACAAGCAUAUUAAUAGACCAUUUAUCAAGUUAAGAGGAUAUCCAUGCUCAUGGACAUUCUACCAUCACAUUAGGAAGAAAAUAUUGAGGGAGUUCACUUUCCAAGAUGCACUCAAGCAAGAGGCCAACGAUUACCUUUGGAAAAUCAGAAAAGGUCUUAAAACUGUAACCUAUAUUGCUGUCCAUGUGCGGAGAGGUGACUAUGUUGAAGUUAUGCCUAAGGUUUGGAAGGGAGUAAUUGGAGAUAAAUUGUAUUUUAAGAAAGCCAUGGAUUACUUUAGACGGAGAUACAAGGAUGCUGUCUUUGUUGUCACAAGUAAUGACAUGGGAUGGUGUAAAAACAAUAUUGAGAAUUCCAAAGGGGAUGUGCAUUACAUAGGAGAUGGAGCAGAAUCACAUCCAGGUCGUGACUUUGCUAUUCUUUCCCAUUGUAAUCAUACUGUUAUGUCUAUUGGUACAUUUGGGUUUUGGGCUGCAUAUCUAGCUGGUGGAGACACAGUUUACCUCACUAACUUCACCUUGCCAGAUUCUGAGUUUCUUAAGCUUUUCCAUUAUGAUGCUGCCUUUCUGCCAAAUUGGAUUGGCAUACCAGCUGAUCUUACACCUUUACUCCAAAAUUCAGCCUCUUGAUUUUUUUUUUUUUUUUGCACUGAUGAUGAUGGUGUUUUUCAGGUGCAAUGAAACUCUCUCCUGAUUGGCUUGGAGAAGCUCAGUCACUCUUCAUGAGUAACAGUGUAUUGUAGUUAGAUAGGCAUUAUGUAUGAACUUGCAAAUUUUCAUUUAUGCUGCUCAAGUUCAGUCACUUACUACCCUUUCUUAACUUUCUCUUACUGCAAUGUUGGAAGCCAACAUGUUAUCUUGAUCAAUUAAAAUGUAGUCUGUAUCUCAAAAUCCAAGUAGUCAUGGUGCAGGAUCACAGGGGGCAACAAAGCAGGGACUUAUUCUGGUACCUCACUAUUGUAAACCAUCCUACAUCUACAAAUACAGACACACUUCUCCAUUUGAGAUACUCCAAAACCCUGUUGUAGUUUCAUUUCUCUUAUCUUCUCUUCUACUGGGAAUACUCAGUAGAGACUUACACUGUAAACAUCAGAGAUUUAGAAAAAAAUAAUUAUUCUUUUAUUUUUGUACCCUGUAGGCAGUUUAUGACUUGUACUGUUGACUGGACUGUUAACUAAUUACUAGGAUGUGGAGGGGGCUCCAUAACAUGGUAGAGACAUGAGCAGGUUCUACCAAAUCCAUUCACCCCAAUCAUCUUCCCUGAUAAGCUGCAUCAUAUUCUCAGUGAUUGCUCCUUCUUAAAGAAUGAACAACCAGUUAAACUCUUUUUAUACUAAUCAGCCAUGCUGCUUGUGUUACAUCCCCUCUUGCUGCUUAUUAACCUUUCUUCCAGUUCCUGCUGCUUUCUUGCUGUCCUUGCUAUUAGAUCCAUCUAAAGACAUUAUGUAUCCAAAAUUCUACACUGCAUUUUUGUUUACUUUUCACACCCUGUUUUUCCUUGUGUACUCUAUAAGUAGGCUACAAACAGCCACCUCUAAAAUAUAUGCUUCAUCCCCCCAAAAAACUCAUAGCUAUAUAUUUUCAUGAAAAGCUGUACAUUUAUAUAUAGUAACAGGUAUGCAAAUGCAGCACACACAUGGAACUGGUCCAGCUUGCUAUGGUGCAAUAUUCAACAUAACCUGGGAAUAUUCCUCCCACUCUCGUACUAUACAUGUGCCUGAAAAUUUGUUUAUAGUGGUGUGAGGACAAACAUUAUGCCUUAAAUGAUCCUUAUGAACGUGCAAAAUUUCUUCAUAACUGGUCAUCUUGCACAGCUAGCUGCUACAUUGCAAAUUAGGUGUUGUAGCGAUUACAGAAUCUUUAGAUACCACUUCAAGAAUACAACAAUAAACUUUACUUUCCUAUUUCACUCCUUACACCCAGCUAUAUUCUCAUUUUCCCCUUGCACCUUCCCACCCACAUGCCUGCAUUCAUUUUUUUGCAUUAAAUAAACAUGGUCUUCUAUUUUAUUUUACUCUAAACUUUACUUUUCUUCUUAUAAGUCUUUUUUCGUUAUUCUUAUUUGUUGCUUCUUCUUGCCUAUCUCAAAAUGUUUAUCACUUUAUCUGUGGAAAUUUUCUCCCCAGGCCUCCAUUGAAAAUGGGCUUUUGUUCAUUUGGACUAUCCCAGUCAACAAAUGUAAUAAACAAAUAAAUGCAUACAUACAUACA